GCGCACACACACACACACACACACACACACUCACAGGGCCCUUCCUCACAUGUCUCCAGUCCAGUCUGUCAAAUCACGCAGCAUGUGAAGCCCCUGCGAGCCUGGAAAACUUUCUCUCUGGAUACUUCAUUAAGCGGCUUUAAAUGUGCAUCUCUUCCGGAUAAUACUUUUGACUUGUUUUGGGGGCUUUUCUCUUUCUCAUACAUUGGCUCAAAGGGCUUUCUGUGGAUUGAGAUGGUGCAAUGCUCCGCAGGACAGCACCUCGUGUAUGUUGCUUGUGGAUCCUGCUCUCCAGUGUGUUAAUAUGGAGAGUUCACUGCGCGAGCGCGCAGAGCUGUCAUGAGGUAAAAACCGCUUUCCAGCUGCGCCAAGUCGGUUCAUUAAGAUGGGUUCCGGAGACCGCGGCAACAGAUGCAGAUCUUCUGAUCUGCAAACACCAGGGUCCCACAUGCUGCACCCGCAAGAUGGAGGAGAGCUACUAUGCCGCUGCCCAGAGAGAUACACUCCAGAACAUUCUCUCCUAUAGCUUCGAACUCAAAUAUCUCAUCCUGGGCCAUGCCUCUUCCUUCCAGGAUACCUUCCAUUCCCUGCUCUCCUUCACUCUAAAUCAUACCUACUCGCUCUUCGACAGCACCUACGAGACGAUCUCUCAAGACGCGAAACCCUUGGUGUCUACCCUCUUCUCUGACCUUGACCUCUACCUCCGAGGUGAUGCCAACAUCUCUGUGGAACACUCAGUCCACAGUUUCUACGAUAAACUCUUCCCAUUGGUAUACCAGCACUUGGUCAAUCCUGGCUUGGGUUCAAAUGUUUCUACCUGGUCCUCCGAAGGAAGCGAGUGCCUACGUGCCACUCGGCAUGACGUUAAUCCCUUUGGCCCUCACCCACAAGAACUUGCUCAGGGACUGUCCAGGGCACUAGUGGCUGGUCGUGCCCUCAGUCGGGCGCUGGCGGUAGGUGCCGAGGUUCUGAAUGCCACUGAAUCGUUGGGAAUGGCACGCCAAUGUGGACGUGCACUGGUGCGGAUGCUGUUCUGUCCGCACUGCCGUGGACUGACCCUGAUCCGGCCUUGCGGAGGCCUAUGUCUCAAUGUGAUGCGGGGUUGCCUGGCAGGUGUAGCUGAGCUGGAUGGGCCUUGGAGACACUAUGUAGCAUUGCUGGAGGGGCUGAGCGGGGCACUAUCAGGGGGAUACGAAGUGGAACUGGCACUUCUACGCAUCCGGGAAAGAAUUAAUGAUGCCAUCCUCACUGCGCAACUCCAUGGACCACAUCUCAGCGCCGUGGUGGGUAAAGUUUGUGGUUCCUUGACCGAACCGGUUUCUUCCACUCCAGUCAGUCCCACCUCAAGAAGUUUGACUUCUUCAGUAAACCCAACCAUUGAAAUCCUAACCUCAGUCACGUCCUCCAGUCCUACAACACUACCUAAUACAGGCAACCAACAUGAGCACAUAACACUAAAAAGAAGGUCCCUGCCUCUGAAACCGUCCAAAAACGACAAACCCAGAAGCCUGAAAAAGAUUUCAAAGGAGUUUAUGGGCUACAUCCAGCGGUACAAAUCGUUUUUCUCCACCCUGCCGGAGAUGCUGUGCGAGGGGGAGGUGGUGAUGGAUGAAAACACCUGCUGGAGUGGAGAAGAUGUGGUAGAGAGUUAUACAGGUCACGUGGUGGGGAAUGGACUGCAAGCCCAGAAACAUAACCCAGAGAUAAAGAUCAGAAGUGCGGAUCCAAUCCUAGUCAACGUGAAGGAAAAGCUAGAGUACUUCAACCAGGAGAUGUGGGGAGAGAUGGGUUUGGGAACAGAUGGUGGUGAGGACGUCGAGACCAGCAGUGGCGACGCAGCAGAAGGCAGCGGCGAGUGCGAUGAUGAAGACGGCUGUCAAGGAUCUGGCCGCAGUGAAGAUGAGACAGGCGAGCAUCUCCGCAUCUGCCCACAAGGUUACACCUGCUGCACCAGUGCCAUGGAGGAAACGCUGUCGAACCUGAGCCGACGGGAAUUUGAAGGACUGGUUAGGGAAGCGGGACGUUCCAUUCAAGCCUCGCUAAAUGCCCAGUACAGGACCUUCGACACAUAUUUCCUGGAACUCCUAAAUGGCUCUGAGCGGUGGUUGGAGGAGGCCUUUUUGGCCGCUUUGGGGGAUCUGUACCGACCCAAUGCGGGAGUGUUUCGUGACCUUUAUGCCGACCUGCGUCGAUAUUACAGCGGUGCCUCCCUGAACCUUGAGGAGGUCUUGGAUGAGUUCUGGAUGAGGCUCCUGGAGCGUCUUUUGAAGGCGUCUGACCCCGAGACUGCCUCCCUGCUCUCUGACGACUUCCUGGAGUGUGCCUCCAAGCAGACUGAAACCCUGCGUCCUUUUGGAGAUGCUCCACGGGAACUGAAGUUCAAGCUGGUGCGGGCAUUCAUCGCUGCUCGGGCAUUCGUCCAGGGCCUUAAUGUGGCUGGAGAGAUUGUACGGAAGGUGUCUCAGGUUCCUUUGAGCCUGGAGUGUAAUCGUGCCAUUAUGAAACUGGUGUACUGCCCUCAUUGCCGAGGUCUGGGAUCAGUCAAGCCUUGCAUCAAUUACUGCAAGAAUGUCAUGAAGGGCUGCCUGGCUAAUCAGGCUGACUUGGACACUGAGUGGCAGAGCCUUAUAGAAACCAUGCUACAGGUGGCCUCCAGUUUUGGUGCCGAGCCCAGUAUGGACACGGUGAUCUAUUCAAUUCCUGUGAGAAUCUCAGAGGCUGUUCUCACCAUGCAGGAGAACAUGGAGAUCUAUACCAGCAAGGUUUUCAAGGCCUGUGGGGACCGUGGUGAGGAAGGAACACCAAGUUCAAUAUCUGAGGAGCCGAAAAAGAAAGCAAGCACAGUUACUGCCCUGGAAUACAAACCCAUCCCAAAAUCUGCAGCCAGACUGGAGGUGCAGGUCACAGACGUGUCCAGUAAACUGAAGGAAAUGCAGUUUUACUGGAUCCAACUCCCCUCGGCCCUGUGCAGUGGUAAAACGGCAUCUUCAACCAACGGUGACAAAUGUUGGAAUGGCAUCACCAAAGCAAGUUACCUGCCAGAUGUCAUGGGUGACGGGCUGGCCAAUCAGAUUAAUAACCCAGAGGUGGAGAUCGACAUCACCAAGCCUGACAGGACUAUACGUCAACAGAUCAUGCUGCUGAAGAUCAUGUCAAACCGCCUGAAAAACGCCCUCGAUGGCAAUGAUGUAGAUUUCCAAGAUACAAGUGAUGAUUUCAGUGGCUCAGGAAGCGGCAUGUGUGCGGACCACCUCUGUGUCCGAGGUAGACCUCCGGUUUUUGGUCCGAAAACAGACAGGCCCAAACUCUACGCCCAUGGCCCUGAAAACAAAAGAGUCAAAGGAUCCGGGAACCAGAUUCAGCCUUCUGUCAUCUUACUGGUUCUGUUACUCGCGACUCUACUGCUGAGACGAUAAUGGAGAUGCUAAAUCGAACUUUGGGAUCUGGGUCAGGAAAUUUGGGAUAGGACAAGGAAUGUUUCAAAAGAAAAAGAAUAGAGAAAAAUGAGAAAAGGUGAGCUUAAAUGUUGCCAAAAGAUAAAAAAAGAAACCUUUUGAGUGAAUGGACAUUUUAAUUCCUCUGGAAUAUGACAUGAGAAUAGGCGGAAAAGGAAUUUUGUUUAUGUGUAUUUUUAUGUUUUGUAAUAUAUGUCAGAUUUAAAAUGCUGACUUGUUACAUCAAUUUACAUCUUGCUUUUUUACCUUUGAAUGUAAAAAGAUGAACUGGAUGGGAACAAUUCUGGUUUAGAUUUACAAUACGAGAUUCUCAGCCACCUAAACGACUUAGUUAUUUGCUCUUAAAGUUACACAGUCACCAAGUCACCUCGUGUUUCAUUUCACCAUGCUUGAGUUACGCAAGUUUGUCUUUGCACAACUGUUCUUUUUGUCUUAAAUAUUUCACAGACAGACAUAAUUACAAAACACUACAUAAGUCUGAUCCCUUUUAGAUUACAAAAUGUAUGAACUAUGGCAUGGACAUGAAUUGAAAUACGAAAUUGCUGAUUAUCUGAGGAAUUAUGUAAUGGUGUUUUUCUUUUUCUUUUUUUACUGUGAUUCAUUGGUUUAGUCUGCAAUUACUUUGUAUGAUAGCAAGCUGCAAUAAUGGAUGAAUUUCACAAAAAAGGGUUAGAAAAUGUCAAUUUUUUCACACCAACAUCAAAAGAAAAAAGCA